AUGUCUGAUCAAAUAAACAGAAACACUGGUGGCGGUCCUUCCAACAACGAUUCCGCAGAUAAAAGCCUUGAUAGAACCAAAACUACACCUGGUCAAAUUAAGGCUACGAUUGGUUUCUUUGAGAGUAAUCAAGACCUUUUUAAGAUAUAUCUUGGUGGACAAAAGUCGUCCGUUCCUUCAGCUGGUAGUCAGAUAAAAAAAAGAGAGAUCAUUGAGAGAUUGAUUCAGCAACUUCUGGCGGAUGACGUAAUUCCGUCUUCCUGGAAUUUCAAAUCGGUUGGAAAACGUUUUGAACGCCAACUCGCAAAGUAUCGCAAUGUAGAAAGAGAUAUGAACUCUACCGGUUUUGACUUGACUACAGAUGACAUUAAACGUGGACUGACCUCCAUCGAGAUCAAGUGUGAACAUUUGUGUAUUGGAUUUUCUCGUUUGGCUGCUCUGCAUGGUGCUAGACCAAUCAUAACUCCUUAUUGUGUGGCUUUCCAUGGUGCUCCUGGUGGUACCGAGUACACAUACUACAACAGAGUAAGGCCAUCAUUAGCUGCAAUUGUGGCACAAACGUCUGCAGUUUUUGGUGGUCAACAAGAGGCGAUUGAAGAGGUCAGUCGAUUGUUAGUUCGAAGUGAUGCAGCUGAAUCUUCAAAAAGAAUAUCUGCUUCUCUUUCCUCUGGUGCUCCUUUGGCUGCUGAUGUUCCUUUGGCUUCUGGUGCUCCUUUGGCUGCUGGUGCUCCUUUGGCUGCUGGUGCUCCUUUGGCUGCUGGUGCUCCUUUGGCUGCUGGUGCUCCUUUGGCUGCUGGUGCUCCUUUGGCUGCUGGUGCUCCUUUGGCUGCUGGUGCUCCUUUGGCUGCUGGUGCUCCUUUGGCUGCUGGUGCUCCUUUGGCUGCUCGUGCUCCUUUGGCUGCUGGUGCUUCGCUUUCCUCUGGUGCUCCUUUUGCUGCUAGGUCUUUGUCUGCUGCACCUGUGUCUACUGAGCGUUCUUCCUCUUUCCCUUUUUCUUCUGUUGGGCCAUUCUCAAACGAACCUCUCUCUUUCCCUCGUCCUGCUUUUGGUGAAGCUUCGUCUGGGCAGCCGUCAUCUGUAGAAGUACCAGCUACCAAUGUAGCUUCUUCUCGUCUGUUGGCUCCAUCUAAUACCACCUUAAGUCGAAAAGAACUGACAAAACUAUUAAAAUUUAUUGAACUGAAAACACUGGAAGGGGGGUAG